AUGUCAGGGAUACUCAGUUCGGGGUUGAAUGGAUCAAAUUCAAACCUUCCAGAUAACACUGGAAGAGCUUUCACAACUUCCUUUUCCGCUCAGUCUGGUUCUUCUGGAGCCGUAUUGAAUCAAUCUGCAGGAAAUGUUCAAGGACUUCACAACAUGCAUGGUGGUGGCUUCAACAUGUCUAAUAUACCUGGGCCCUAUGCCUCAAGGAAUUCGGCUAAUCUUGGUGGUCUCCCGAACGGUGUCCAGCAAGCACCAGGAAGUAUGUCCAAUGGGAGAUAUGCAAUUAACGGUCUUCCUAAUGCACUUCCUCAGCUAUCUCUUGGAAGUUCGCAUGGGCAUUCAGGUGUUACAAAUACUGGGGGUCCAGGUGUCAUGCCAAAUAUGGGAAAUACAGGGCGUAUUACAAACUCUAUCGGUGGUCUUGUCAGCGGGGGAAAUACUUCAAGGGGUGCUAGUACUGGGGUGGCAAACAUCCCUGGCCUUGCUUCUCGCUUGAACCUGACGGCUCCACAGGUGGUAUCAAUGCUAGGCAAUUCUUAUUCAGGCGGUGGUGUACCGCUCUCCCAGAAUCAGUUUCAAGCUGGAAACAACAAUUUUAGUUUUAUGGCAUUACUAAACGAUUCAAAUGCCCAUGAUAAUGCUACAUUUGAUGUUAAUGACUUUCCUCAGCUGUCUGGGCGUCCUCCGUCGGCUGGUAGCUCUCAUGGUCAAUUAGGUUUGAUGCAAAAGCAUAAUAUUGGUUUUGCCCAACAGAAUCAAGAAUUCAGCAUUCAGAAUGAAGAUUUCCCUGCUUUGCCUGGAUAUAAAGCAGGCGGUCUUAACGUUGGGGGUGGUGGUGAAUAUACCAUAAAUGCACACCAAAAAGAACAGAUGCACGACAGUAUGGCAAAUUUAAUGCAGUCUCAGCAAUUAUCUAUGGGUAGAGCUUCCGGAUUCAAUUUUGGGGGCUCGUAUUCAUCUCACCAUCCUCAGCAACACCGUGCUUCGUCCAUGAAUGGCACAGGGGUUUCUUAUCUAACGUCAGGCAAUCAAGAUCUUCAUUUUCAUGGUCCUGAGCAGUAUCAGCAAUUCCAACAAUCUCAAUCGCGUUUCAUUAAUCCAUUUAGAGAUAAAGAGAUGAAGCCGACUCAGAGUUCUCAAAGUUUACCAGAUCAAUAUGGAAUGCUUGGUUUAUUAAGCAUCAUAAAGAUGGUCAACCCAGCUUUGACCUCUCUUGCACUGGGAAUUGAUCUAACAACUCUUGGCCUGAAUCUAAACUCAUCUGAGACACUUCACAAAAAGUUUGCAUCUCCCUGGUCUGAUGAGCCUGUUAGAGGAGAGCCGGAGUACAACGUUCCUGAGUGUUAUUAUGCAAAACAAACUCCUCCAUUAAAGCAAAGUUACUUUGCAAGAUUCCGUCCAGAAACUUUGUUCUAUAUCUUUUACAGCAUGCCAAAAGAUGAGGCCCAGCUAUUUGCAGCAAAUGAACUUUACAAUAGAGGGUGGUUCUACCACAGAGAGCUAAGGCUGUGGUUCACGAGAGUGAAGAAUAUGGAGCCUCUUGUAAAGACAAAUAGUUACGAGAGAGGCUGCUAUUUUUGUUUCGAUCCCAAUAAUUGGCAGACAGCAAGAAAGGAUAACUUUGUCUUGCAAUAUGAAAUGGUUGAGAAACGACCCGCCCUGCCUCAGCAGCAGAUGUAA